GGAGGAAGAGAGGGAGGGAAGUCAGAGGUUCUCACGCUUUAUUUACGCGCUGCCUUCUUCCCCGCCUCCUUUGGAGUCGUGCUGGGCUGCUUCCUCCUCCUCCUCCUCCUUCUUGCUGGACUCUUCCCUCUUCCUAAGUCGUCGGAAAGAAGCGCUGCGGAGGCCCGAAAACGGGGGAAAAGCCCUAGGCGUUUGCAUCGCCUUGCCUUGCCUUGCAUUUUCUUUUUUUCUUUUUUUGCAAACGACCCGGGGCUUUGGCAGACACGCGUUGGCCGAGAACAUGGGAACGCCGGCAGACCCCCGAGACGGGCUCCCGCUUUGAUCAAAACCGAUUGCGAAGAGGGAGGGAGGGGACCCCCGUGCAGCAGACCCCGGUUAGGGAAGCCGGUGGGCUGCUUCUCCCAUGGCUGGGUGUCUCGAAGAGGACGACGUCCCCCUGAUCCUGACCUUAGAGGACGGCAGGAGCCGGAGGGUUGAUCCGGAGGGAGUCCCCAACGAAAAUGGCGUCAAUUAUGACAACAUCCGCGAUAUGUCCAGCCCAGCGACGGGAGAGCGACGGUCUCCGUGGGAUCGUGGAAGACGGACUUGGGAAAUGAAUUACCAGGAAGCUGCAAUUUAUCUACAGGAAGGCGAGAACAAUGAUAAAUUCGUCACCCAUCCCAAGGACCCCAAAGCUCUGGCUUCCUACCUUUUCGUCCACAACCACCUCUUCUAUUUGAUGGAACUAACCACCGCUCUCUCGCUCUUGUUGCUGUCACUCUGCGAAGCCCCCGCGGUUGCCAUAUUUCGCCUGGGCAUUUACGUCCACGCCACCUUGGAGCUGUUUGCCUUGACCAUUGUGUUGUUUGAGCUCUCCAUGAAAUUAAGAUGGCUGGGCUGCCAUACCUACAUCCAGCACAAAAGAACCAUGGUCAAGACCUGCGUCCUCUUCCUGCAGUUUGUAGAAGCGGUCGUGGUGUUGGUGCGUCAGACAUCCCACCUCCGCAUCACGCGAGCCUUGCGGUGCAUCUUCCUGGUGGAUUGUCGUUAUUGUGGAGCUGUGAGAAGAAACUUACGUCAGAUUUUCCAGUCUCUACCUCCCUUCAUUGACAUUCUUCUCCUUUUGCUUUUCUUCAUGGUCAUCUUUGCGAUUCUGGGAUUUUAUCUCUUCUCGCCAAACAAAUCGGACCCUUAUUUCAACACUUUGGAGAGCAGCCUGAUGAAUCUUUUUGUUCUUCUCACUACGGCCAAUUUUCCCGAUGUGAUGAUGCCUUCUUAUUCCCGGAACCCGUGGUCCUGUGUCUUUUUCAUUGUGUAUCUUUCCAUCGAGUUGUAUUUCAUUAUGAAUUUGCUCCUGGCUGUCGUUUUUGACACCUUCAGUGACAUUGAAAAAAUGAAGUUCCGGUCACUCUUGCUUCACAAGCGCACGGCUGUCCAGCAUGCCUACCGCCUGCUGGUUAGCAAACAGAGUCCCUCUGGGGUUGCUUUCAAGCAAUUUGAUGGCCUGAUGCACUUCUACGCACCCCGGAUGAGUGUUCGAGACCGUUAUCUGACUUUCAAAGCACUGAGUCAAAGCAACAGCCCUUUGGUUAGUUUGAAGGAUAUGUACAGUUUCUACGAAGUGGCUGGUUUGAAAUGGAAGGCCAAAAGGAACCGAGAACAUUGGUUUGAUGAUCUUCCAGGGACAGCUUUCCUCAUUUUUAAAGGCAUUAACAUAUUAGUGAAUUCUCGGGCUUUCCAGUACGGCAUGUAUAUUUUGGUGGCCGUGAAUGGACUCUGGAUUCUAGUGGAAACCUUCAUGUUGCGAGACGGCAUCUUUUCUCGAGACGUCCCCUGGAGUUACAUCAUGUUCCUCACAAUCUAUGGGGUCGAGGUGCUGUUGAAGGUUACCGGCCUGGGGCCGAAAGAGUAUCUCUCGUCUGGCUGGAAUCUUUUUGAUUUUGCCGUCACUUUGUUCGCGUUUUUGGGUCUCCUGACACUGGCGUUCGACAUGGAACCUUUCUACUUCAUUGUUGUGCUGCGGCCUCUGCAGUUACUCAGGCUGUUUAAAUUGAAGAAACGCUACCGGAAUGUCUUGGAUACGAUGUUUGAACUCCUUCCAAGGAUGGCCAGCCUAGGCCUAACUUUACUCAUCUUCUACUACUGCUUUGCCAUAAUUGGCAUGGAAUUCUUCUCUGGCAAACUCUAUCCAAACUGUUGUAACACCAGCACGGUGGCCGAUGCCUUUCGUUGGGUCAACCGCACCAUUGGGAACAAGACUGUGGUGGACCAAGGCUACUACUAUCUCAACAACUUUGACAACAUUUUGAACAGUUUCGUGACCCUCUUUGAGUUAACGGUAGUCAACGAUUGGUACAUCAUCAUGGAAGGGGUGACCUCAGAAACGUCUCACUGGAGUCGUCUUUAUUUCAUGAUUUUCUACAUCGUGACCAUGGUGGUGAUGACAAUUAUAGUUGCUUUUAUACUGGAAGCGUUUGUGUUCCGCAUGAAUUAUGCCCGCAAGAAUCAGGAUUCAGAAGCAGAAGACAGCGGGAUCGUCUUUGAGCGGGAGGUCUCGAAGGAAGAAAUCAGGGGCCUCGCCGAGACCUACGGGAGGCAAGGUGACAACUUGGCAGCUAGUCAACUCCUCAAGGUCGUUUCCCAGAUGGACCGGCACCGGCAAGCCGCCAUGCUGUUCCUGGGCCGCCGAUCGAGGACCAAAAGUGAUUUAAGUAUGAAAAUGUACGAAGAGGAGAUACAGGAGUGGUACGAAGAACAUUCCAGAAGAGAGGAACGAGAGCUUCCUUGGCAUGAAGACGAGGAGCUGCUCCACCAGGCCUUCCACCCUCCUGCCCUCCGCCAGCGUUCGCAAACCAUCAUCUAAACUUUGGCUUAUCAAGAAAGCCAGUUCUCCUAUGCAUUCAACCUGGGCUUGGCGGCACGGCGAUCUCUACGGCUUCCCCUCAACCAGAUUUUCCUUUAACGGUCCCGAGAUCUUUGAGAUCUCCAGCCAGGAGGCUGAGGUCUUGCGAGAGAGAAGAUGGCCAUUUUUAUUAUUACUUUUUUUUUUUAAUAGUUGUUUCCUUUUGUUUUUAGGCAUCGAGCGUCCGGUGUGUCUGGAAGGACUGUUAAACCUUGCAGUUAUGGCAAUGGGAGAUUCAUGCAAAGUUUUUCCUGGCCCUUUUUUUUGUUUUUUUGUUUUUGGUAGAUAACCUGUCCAUUUUGUCCUUGUUGGCUACUGUGGCAAAAGGCUGGGAUGGGAGUUGGCAUAGACGGCUGAAAACCGGCCCCGUUUGCCAAUGAUGGCCAAGCAGGCGAAAAUACAAGGUGCCCAUCCUGGCAUGGCCAUCAUGCCACCUUCCACCAGCAGUCGAGAUUGGCUAGAAAUGGCAAAAAGGCAGGUGAGGCCGCCAAGCGUCCACUCCAUCGCUCGCUCUCUUGUCUCCAUGAUGCACAAAAUGCAGUGAAGUAAUGCAACUUUGACACCACUCCUUUAUUUUUCCCCACCCUUCGUUGUUCAGCAUCUAUAAGGACUGCUAGCACUCCAAUGAUCCACUUGGCAGUUUUUACCCAAAUGUAGCAAAGGUGCCCAGGCAGGCAGAACCCAGGACCAACUGAACAGAAAUGAGUUUUUGGUACAGGGAGAUCCUGGACAGGUUUAAGACUCCAUUCUGCUCACAAACGUCAUCCCGGCAUUGUGAAUGUUUGCAGUGGCAUCUACCCGAAGCUAUGAACAGCGACGACAGGCCAGUAGGUGUUGAAUUAAAUCCUGAACCGUAUCCUGCCAGUUGUCAUUAACUCCUAAAACACUGCCAGUAGGCAUUGCAUUAAGGCCUGAAGCCCCCAUGCCACUAGGCAUGAUAGAAAAGCAAUAAUUCUCUUCACAGAAAAGACAAAAGUGAUCGCGGGAUCAGAGUGUCUUAUCAGGUUUUAUUGUGGGUUCGCUUCUGUAGAAAUUCCUUCGUCGGUUACCCAGCUUGGGAUCUCUUCGGAAGCUGUCCAAUGAGAGAAACCAACAAGUAGAUUGUGCCUUUGUCGUGCCUUUCUUGCUUUGGCAACACACAAUAGGCAAAGAAGCAUUAAGGUUUGUCUCCCUGUGUUAAUCUCGAUUGCUAAUUAGCAAACGGUAAACGGAAUUUGCUUCCCCCAAAAAAAAUUAUAAGCAAAAAAGACAGGGGUCUCCCUCUCCCCCCCCCCUUUUUUUGUUCUUGUCCCUUUUGUAAUUUUAGGAUGGCAAACCUUGAAUAAUUAGGAAUUUGUUUUCUCACGUCUGCUCGCUCUCUGGCAUAGUUCUUCAUUUUUUAAAAACAACAGGCUUAUUUCCACGCUCAAUAAAUCAACGGAGAAAGGUUGGCUUUGAGCGAACUAAAUUAUUUUCCAGUUGUUGGAGAGGAGUUUAUUUUGCUCCGAAGAUGGGUUUGAGAUAAACAGUCACAUAAAUGACAUGCUCUUUUCCUAAACAGCUCAGUUCUGUGACGACAUCUUCCAAUGCCCUUCAAAUCUUAAAAAAAAACAAAAAAACAAACCUGAGCUACGUUAAUGGCUGUGGAAGAUUGCCGUUGUAGUCUUAACACUAUCAGAGGACACCCCGUGGAGAAAAUAAGAGUUCCUGCACCCACGAUCCCUGUUUUCUUCCUAAAAAGAAUGCAAAUGUUUUAUAAGGUAGUAGAUAUUCACAAUUCAGGUGACUUCCGUCUGUUGGACUUCAACUCCCAGAAUUCCUGGGCUGUGGGGCGACUCUGGGAGUUGAAGUCCACCCCAUCUGGAGUUCCUCCAGGAGAGAAAAGGGGCAUCUUAAAAAAACUACUUUUGGUUCAAGAGGGCAUUAUGCUGUCAGUCCGGGGAAGGCAUUCCUUCUUGCUGUAUCAGUCAAGUUUGUUAAUUCUUUUUAAAAAAGGGAUAGGUUGAAGCAAAAAAAACCAACAACCCACAGAUAGACAACAUUCAUUAGGGGAUUUGCAAAGUUUUGGCUUCCAAGCAAAAAUGGAAUUUCAGAAUGGGUAGGGAUCUCUAAAUCUCCCCUAUUUGUGUGAGACAAGGUGUUUUUUCCAGGGCUCUUUCCCUGGGAAGUAAAAUUUUAAAACAGGGAAGUGCUUGACUGCGUGUGCCUACAAAAAGCACUUUAUGUACCCCAACUGGAAGACACAUUUUCCUGGGAUUGUGUGGUGACAAUGCACAACCAAGGAAGGGCCAGCUUCUGGGAUGGAGCUGCUAGAGUUUAUAGGACGCACAACAACUCCAAACCAGAGUUUGGAUUUGAAGCAACAGGUAGCUUUGUACAUUUCUGUUUGUUUUUAAACUGGAGUUUGGGUGAUCCUUAAUCUGGUUUACUGACCGUUUUGCUGGCGUCACUAAAUGGAAAUGAAGGCUGACCACCUUUAUAAUUUGGAGUUUUCUUGCUUGUCAGUCAACGGCCCAGAUUUUGUACAUGCAUGGCCCAGAUGUUGUACAUUUUACAUGCUUAUGCACACUUAGGCUUGUUAACGAGAAUCUGCUUGGUACCAUCUCUAGCCCAUCAUUCGCACCAUUUUUUGGCUAAGGUCCAUGAUGUCAAAAUCUAGAGCAAAGUUUCUCAAUCUUGAAUGCUGGAAAUUGAAGUCCACACAUUUUCAAAUUUGAUAAGCUUUGAGAAACACUGAUUGACACCAAUAGCCUUUCCAGUGAGCAUCAAGCAAGAUUGAACGCUGCCAAGCUUAAUUUUAGUAUUUCAAACACUCAAAAUUGGAAGAAAGCGUAUUCCAGGUUUUGAGGCGCUACACUUGGGUCACAAAUAAGCACUAAAUUCCAUUUUUUUCCCCCUACCAUCAGCCUGGAUAGUAAAUGACAAAGGAUAUAAUUUCAGAUUUCCUUCCUCUGUGGGGCAUAAGAGAUACUGGAAACCCCAUACUGAGUAAAAUGGGGUCAUAUUUUUUUUCAAGUUUUUGUUAUUUUUAUUCUUGUUUAGGAUAUAAGCUAGAAACAACUCCAGAAAGUUGGGGUUUUUUUGGUUUUUUUUUUGGAGCCUCUUGGAAGGAAAACAAACUUCAGAAAAAAGCAGGGAUGUUCCUUCCUAAAUAAUUUUUUUUUCUCUGCUCUAUCCUCCAAAGACAAUCAUUCGCAGGGGAUUAUGGGUUUUGGAUAUGGGGAAAUUUGUAUGACCGAUAUAACGAUAUGUCUGAAACAGUAUUAUAUAGAUGUUUACAGAACAUUUAAUAAACCUCUUUAACCC